AUGGCAAAAAAUCCUCAUCUUACUCAAGAUAAACUAACUCUAUUAGCUCAAAUACCUGAUGAGGUAAUUGAGCUAAUCUCCUCGGGUGUAAAAACUCAAUCUGACUUGGCAGCGAUGAUUCAUGGUUUGAAGAGUCGAAUCAUUGAAAGCGCACUAUCUGGUGAAAUAGAACAUCAUCUAUCAACAACAAAAUCCACAGAAAUAACAAGUGAUUUAUCACGUAAUCGUCGCAAUGGUUUUAGCAGUAAGACUAUAAGAACGAAUAGUGGUGAUCUACCAAUAAAUGUUCCACGCGAUCGUAAUUCUGAAUUUGAACCUCUGCUAAUCCAAAAGCAUAAACGUCGCCUUGAAGGGAUUGAUGAUGCCGUUUUGGCUCUUUACUCUCGUGGAAUGUCGAUGCGCGAUAUUCGUGCUACGAUUAAUGAGCUUUAUGAUCAAAACUUAUCAGAAGAGUUAUUAUCUUCAAUUACUGAUAGUGUUAACGAUGAAGUCAAAGAAUGGCAGAAUCGACCACUUGAAUCACGUUAUCCAAUAUUGUUCCUAGAUUGCAUGGUGGUUAAAGUGCAAGAGAAUAAAUCAAUCAUUAACAAGGCUGUAUAUCUGGCUCUAGGUAUUGGCACUGAUGGCAAUAAAGAAUUACUUGGGAUGUGGAUAUCACAAAAUGAAGGUGCUAAAUUCUGGUUGAGCGUUCUAACAGAAUUAAACAAUCGUGGAGUUAAAGAAGUCUUCAUAGCUUGUUGUGAUGGUUUGACUGGCUUUCCUGAUGCCAUUGCGUCAGUUUAUCCUGAAUGUCAGGUGCAAUCAUGCAUUGUACACAUGGUGCGUAACUCAUUAGCAUUUGUACCGUGGAAAGACCGUAAAGAAGUAGCUGCAGAUUUAAAAACCAUCUAUUCAGCUGAUACUGAAGAUAUUGCGCUAGAGAAUCUCGAUGAAUUUGCUAAAAAAUGGGAUGCAAAAUACCCUGCAAUAAGCAAAUCAUGGUACAAUCGUUGGGAUCAGUUAAAUACUUUAUUUGGCUAUACCAAAGAUAUCCGUAAAGCAAUUUACACCACUAACGCAAUCGAAUCAUUGAACAUGACUCUACGUAAGGUAGUAAAAAAUAAGCGGUCAUUUCCCAAUGAUACCGCUGUAUUUAAGGUCUUAUAUUUGGCAAUCCAGAACAUAUCCAAACGCUGGACUAUGCCGAUUCGUGACUGGGCUAUGGCAUAUCAACAAAUGUUAAUCAAGUUUGGGAAAAUCUGA